AUGGUCGACCUUGCUGGGUCAGAAAGGCAGUCACAAGCCCCAACUGUAGGAAACCGAUUUAAAGAGGCUGUGAAUAUUAACUUGUCACUCAGCGUAUUAGGUCGCGUAAUUCGAACGCUGUCAGCAGCAAAUCGCCGUGGCGAGUUCAUCCCCUAUCGUGAAUCCAAGUUAACUCACAUUCUACGGGAUUCACUCGGAGGGAAACAGUAUUACUCUGAUACGCUUUCUACCCUACAGUUCGCAGCUGCUUGUCGCAAGAUUGAAAAUCGUGUUCAUGCUAAUGAAGAUCUUACUGGAGAUACCGUCAUGGCCUACAAAAAAAUGGCUGCAAAAGUGACAGCUAUUGAGGACGACCUGAGGCUCUGGAAAGAGACAGCCAUUAGCCGUGAGAAGCAACUCGUUGAGGCUCUGUUGCAGCGGGAUCUGUUUGCCGCUCAGCUUACGAGGAAGCCUUCUGGAGAUGGAGAUGUGAAGUCACAAGACGACAUUGUGCGUGACAUGGCGUCGCAAAUUUCGAAAAGAAUUGAUUCAGUUAAAACGUUCGAAGAACUUACUAGAGCUCAGCUUGAAAGCGACUUGUUCAGAGCCCAAUGUGAGCUGGAUCAGAUGCGUUUGCGGCUCGAAUCUGCUGAAGGUGCUACAAAAGCUCUCAAUGAGAAGUACAGUAAUGUUCUUGAGGGUUUCGACAAGUCUCUAGCUGGUUCUCCUCUUCGAACCAUCAAUUUGAAUACGAGCCCAAGAAUUGACAAUGGAUGCAAAACACCUGCUCAGCUGAAGAAAGAACGCCGAAUGGCGAUGUUUACGCCACAAAGAAACAAUCAAUCUGUUCUUUUCGAUGAUAGCGAAGAUGCUGACGCGCUGGACGGGAAUAUCGAACAAUACGCUAUACUGGAACAACGUGAGGUUCUUCGCUUGAAAACAGACAAUAACAGACUGUCGCAAACUGUGAGCGAAAAGGAAGCGAAAAUAAAAGAAAUUUCCGAAAUGCAAAGGAUAGAAGCCCAGCAAUGGAUAGAGGAACGAGAGAAAUUCCAUAAGACCGAGUCGUCAUUGAAGUCGCAGAUCGACCGCCUUGAAAUGGAGAAAUCGCAGUUGACUGAAAAUCUGGCGCAAAUCCAACAACGAACUGAUAUGCUGAGCGCCAAAAUUUUCUCCUUCAACGAUGAGAAAUGCAGUCUCUUACAAGAAAUCGAUGAGUUGCGAUCAGAGAAACUCUCUCUUGAGGAUCGACUUCAAGCGUCCCAAAAUGAGCAGGAAGAGCUGUCGAUAAAGCUGAAAAGCAUGGAUGAUUUGGUACUGUCUUUUAACGUUCUGAUGGGUUUUCAUAUUGUGUCGUCGAACACUGACAUAGAAAAACGGCUUUAUGAUGAGCAGAUUAAACACAACUCACUUAAGGUAGGUCUGCAGCCUAUAUGUUGGUAUUGGAGGAAGGGCAUGUCAUAG